UUUGUAGUCUGGAACAAUGCUGAAAUCAAUUGUGCUGAUACUGUUCGCACUUUCGCAAACCUUGCUGGCAGAGGUGAAAGAGCCGACCGUCGUGGUCGGCGUGCUCAUCAGAAACAAAGGGCACACUCUGCCCUAUUUCCUUACACAUUUGGAGAGGCUGGACUAUCCGAAGCACAGGAUAUCAUUAUGGAUCCGCAGCGAUCACAACACUGACAACUCGAUCGAGAUCAUCAAGAAGUGGUUGUACUUCAACGAGAACCAUUACCAUUCGGUGAAUGUGGAAUAUUUGCAAGAUGCAGAUAAAUAUGAGAACGAAAGCGGUCCAGCUCACUGGACAUCCGAACGUUUCAAUCACGUUAUCAAUUUACGGGAGGCAGCGUUAAAUCACGCCCGUCGCAUCUGGGCCGAUUAUCUAUUAGUUAUAGAUGCGGACGCGUUCCUCACCAAUCCCAGAACGCUGAAAUCUCUGAUUUCCAAGAAUGUUACAAUCGCUGCGCCGAUGCUCAAAUCCGAUGGACUGUAUUCGAAUUUCUGGCACGGAAUGACAGAUGAUUACUACUAUGAGCGAACCGAAGAUUACAAACCGGUUUUAAAUAGAGAGAAGAAAGGCUGUUUUCCUGUACCCAUGGUACACUCUUGCGUGCUAAUAGAUCUUCGUAAUAAAGAAUCGGAUUUGUUGACUUACAAUCCUGAGUAUAAUAAGGAGUACGAUGGACCGAAGGACGAUAUUAUCAUUUUUGCUAUGAGCGCGAAAAGCAAUAACAUUGAUCUGAUGAUUUGCAACGAGGAGACUUACGGAUUCAUCAUGGUGCCCUUAGAUCAAGAGGAAGGCGUACUUUUCGAUUUAUUACAAUUAUCGAAUUUGAAAUUGGAGAUGUUGAACGAGUACAUCGAUUUGGAGGUUGAUUCUAAACUGGCCGAAUACGUGGAGCCGGUUAUGAAGGAUAGUCUGGGUUUCGACAAGAUAUUCAUGAUCAAUUUGGUGCGACGACCGGAGAGGCGGGAUCGCAUGGUGAAAUGCUUCGAUGAGCUGGGAUUGGAUGUGCAAAUAAUUGACGCGGUUGAUGGAAAGAACUUAAAUGAGACCUUCCUAAGUGACAUCGACUUCUUGCCAGAGUACGCGGAUCCUUUUCACAAACGGGCCAUGACGUUGGGGGAGAUCGGAUGCUUCAUGAGUCACUACAACAUCUGGAUGGAGAUCAUCGAGAAGGGAUACGAAACGUCGUUGGUGUUGGAAGACGAUAUUAGGUUCGAGCCGUUCUUCAGGAUCAAAGUUAGAAAUUUGAUGGAUGAGGUUCAUCGGCUACCAAACUGGGAUUUAGUAUAUUUCGGCAGGAAGCGGCUGCAGGAAAGCGACGAAUCCUGGGUUCCGAAUUCAAAGUAUUUGGUUGAAGCGGGUUACUCCUAUUGGACGUUGGGCUACGUGUUAAGUCUUCGCGGAGCGGAAAAGCUUUUGGCAGCGGAGCCACUGAAGAGGCUACUUCCUGUAGACGAGUACUUUCCAAUUUUAUUCGACCGUCACCCCGAAGCGAAUUGGAAAGGCCACUUCCUGCAGCGAGAUCUGGUCGCUUUAUCCGCGGCGCCUCUCCUCCUGUAUCCCACUCAUUACACCGGGGAGAACGGAUACAUCAGCGACACAGAAGAUUCGAUUAUAGUCCAAAACAAUACCAGAGACGAAUUUUAAAAUGCGUUCGUAACACUCGAGCGCAUAUUCCGCACGGUUAUUAUUACUUUUGUGUUCCUAAUUUCGAAAGACUAGUGCCUUAUUGCAAAUUAAUACGUAUUUCCUUCUCACACUAAUGCGAAUUUAAUUAUUAUCAAUUGUUAUUCAAUCGCGUUUCCAAAUUUUUAUAUAAAUAUAUAUAUUUUAU